GAGGAAGUGUGGUGGUUUCGCUUCCGGUUUUGCUAGGAAUUCUCCGUUUCCCCAGCUGAGACUCUCCGUAGCUGAAAAAAUGAACCGAUUCUUCGGCAAAGCGAAGCCCAAGGCGCCGCCACCCAGCCUGACCGACUGCAUCGGCACGGUUGAUAGCCGGGCAGAAUCAAUUGACAAGAAAAUUUCUAGACUUGAUUCAGAGCUGGUAAAGUAUAAAGAUCAGAUAAAAAAGAUGAGAGAAGGACCUGCAAAGAAUAUGGUAAAACAGAAAGCCUUGAGAGUAUUAAAGCAGAAGCGAAUGUAUGAACAACAACGAGACAAUCUUUCACAACAGUCUUUUAAUAUGGAACAAGCAAAUUAUACUAUCCAGUCAUUGAAAGACACCAAAACAACGGUGGAUGCUAUGAAAUUAGGUGUAAAAGAAAUGAAGAAAGCAUACAAGCAAGUCAAAAUUGACCAAAUUGAGGAUAUACAAGACCAAUUAGAAGAUAUGAUGGAAGAUGCAAAUGAAAUCCAAGAGGCGCUGAGCCGAAGUUAUGGAACCCCAGAAAUUGAUGAAGAUGACUUAGAGGCAGAAUUGGAUGCACUUGGUGAUGAGCUCUUAGCUGAUGAAGACAGCUCUUACUUAGAUGAAGCAGCAUCUGCACCAGCAAUUCCUGAAGGUGUUCCCAGUGAUGCUAAAAACAAGGAUGGUGUACUGGUGGAUGAAUUUGGACUGCCACAGAUUCCAGCUACAUAGAGCUAUGUCUUUAACACUAUGUUAUGUAUAAUAAACACACAUUAUGAAAAACUGGGAAAUAUUUUGCCUUUCCAAUGUCACCAUAAUCAAUUUGCAUAUCCUUGUUCCUUUUCCUGAAAAAAAAGUUUAGUACACUAAUUUUUUUCAUUUAGAGAACUGAUUCAUUUAAUAGGAACUUUCUUUAGAUAAGAUUUUAAAAUUCCUUCCAUCUUACAAAAGAAAAACUUGUAAAAUAUUGGUGGUUGUAUAGGACUUCUGUUUUCAUUUAUUUAUAUUUUAUUUCUGAAAUUAUUGAAACCAAGGAUAUGUGAUUUCUUUAAAUUCUUUAAUUUCCUGAUAGCUUGAUAAAAAAGUGAUGUAUUUAUAAGACCUACUUCCUUAUCAAGAUUAUUAAACUAUUUUGGACCAUUCUUGUAAUUCUAAAAAUAGUUCAAAUAUAUAUACCAUUGUGAAAUCAGGCACUAAUUUAAAAUGUCUUUAAUUGAGAUGUAGGUUUUGUUGUGUCUUCAUGUCAGUGAGUCAUCACUAUUUUCAGUAUUUACAUUGGCUUUCUUCCUAUGCUUUUUGUCUUAAACCUGGAUAAAGUUUUAAUUCUAAGGUUUCCUCAGUAUUAUAGUUGAGUUGUAAUCAUUAAUGAAAUUACAUCCUAACACUUAAAUGUAUUUAUACUCAAUAAAUAUUUUUCAAAAGGAUAUAAUAACAUUUCCUUCAACCUAAAGGCUCCACUAAAAACCAAAAUUUGCCAAUGACAUUGUGUUGUGGACAGUGACGGUAUGGUAGAAAAUGCAUUAGAUUGAGUGGCAGAAGACUUGGACUCUAGGUCUGUGUUUGCCAACUGACCAGCUGGAUGACUUUGGAUUAGUCAGUUUAUCUGGGCCUUAGUCAUCUUGUCUAUAACAUAGUGGUAAUCAUAGCUCACUUGCCUGUCUUACAGUUGUUUCAAAGAUUAAAUGAAUUAAUAUGGGAUUGUAGGUUUUAGAACUGGAAGGAAUCUUAAGAGAUUUUCUAGUCUAACUCCAUUAUUUUACGGAUGAGAAAAUUGAGGCCUAGAACAGUGAAGUGAGUUGCCCAAGGUCUCACAGAUAGUAAGUAGGAGAGCUGGGUUCAAACCUGAGUCCUCUAACCACAAAUCUAGUGUUCUUUCCACUAUACUGUGCCACUUCACAUAUGUGUUCAAUAACAUAUGGACACUCUUUGUAAAGUACUAUACAAACAUAAUGUUUUUACCACAUACGUGCUCAAUAAAUAUUUGUUGAAUAAA